AUGUCGUAUGAAUCCGACCACUUCAACGAGUUCGAUUUACCCUACGGAGAUACCAAGGGCCAAGUUAGGAUAUCUCAGCCAGUUAAGGGUCUAAUAUGCAUCUACUGCAAUUUGAAACUCAACGCGCCCUUAGCCAUAUGCAACCCUUUUCUAGGCCGACUCGAGAUUCUUCCGCUCGCAACCCCCUCUUGUGAAAUAGGAGGAGUAUCUUGGCGCGAGGUUGCAAUUGGUUUUGAUGAAGAUCACGAAGAUUACAAAGUUGUGCAGCUGUAUUCGUGCAACGCGUAUAGUUGCAUCCACGCCAAAAUGUACAGGAAAAGGACGAAUGCUUGGGAGCAAUUGGCCGAUGGAGUUUUUAAUGAUCUAAGAAUCUACCAUGUUUCACCCAUAGUGUCGCGGUGUAAGAAUAGCCACUUUGCUUACUGGAGUGCUCACUAUGUAGGUGUUUAUGAUGUAAGGAUUAUACUGAGCUUUGAUAUGAAGAAUGAAGUGUUUCGGAAAAUCACAUUGCCAGAACCUGACCCUAACCCUGUUGCUUUUAGUCAGGUUUUUGUAGAAGAUGAGCACUCGUUUCUGAACAUUGUUCUAACUAAUGUGAUUAGUCCUCUUGUUGGAGGUACUUCGACCGUGGAGAUUUAUGAGUCAAGAUUUGAAGGAAGCGAAUUAAGUUGGAAUUAUGUCAAAAAUGUGGAAGUAACCUCCUUCACUCGAGUCCCCCUCCUGAUGGCUUCUUGUGUGUUUAUUCCCGACGGACUGUGGGGGAAUUUCGUGUAUGAUUAUCGUGCACGCAACAUCAUCGCGCGCCAAUCCAUCAACUACGUGCUUGUUGAGUAUAGAGCUAGCUUAGUUUUACCUUGA